UUUUUAAAAAGAAUAAAUAAAGGAAAUGGACCUGAGCUCAUUACCUUGCUCAGUCAACAGCUUGGAACUCAGCUCGCCCAUCGUCUCAUCUGCAACGGUGAAAAGCCCGUUAAAUCCAGAAUUGACAACUGCUCUUAAAAGAAAGAAUGUUGACAUUAAGAGCCUUGCAGACGAGUUUUAUGGGCUUUACGAUGUUGAUCCUCUACUCGUCAAAAGACAACUGGUCACUGCCAUAAUCCAGUGUUCUGGCAUCGAGGGUUACACUUACGGAAAGCAUUUCGAUGAGGCGAAUUUAAAAGAUAUGCUGUCAAAACAGGACUUGACAUGCAAAAACGCUGCAAUACUCGAGAAAAAGUUCAAAAGGCAGUUUUCAACUUUUAUCACUGCCCUUUUCCACCUGGACAGCGGUUUUAUUUUUCUAAAUGAUAACUUUUUUGUGAUGCUCUUGACCAUAAUAGAGUUGCUGAUGUCCGGGAGGUGGGAUUCGCACAGGAUCAUGGCUUCGCUCAUUGGUAUGAAAUUAAUGACAUCAGUUGUGUACAUUCAAGAAAGAAUUAAGGAUAAAAACUCAGUAUACAAGGGGAGCUAUGACAACAAGGAAAUUGAAGCUAAUCUUUAUGCAAUUUGGUCCAAGCUUUUUACAGAAGUUAUCAGGGGAGGAUUAAGGGAUAGGUCAUCGUCAGUGAUAUACAAUAUACUGGAUGAAUUCAUUCAUUGGUCCGUUCACUACCCUUUUGCAUUGCUGUCUGACGAUAUAAAAAAAUAUGUUUUAAGGUCAAUACUGUUAAAAAAUUUGCAGCACAGGCGUAUGGUUUAUAUAAUUUUAUUCAACUUGUCAAAGACGUCCCAUCUCAAGAAAAUGCUAGACAACAAAUUAACGGAAUUUGUCACAAAAGAACUUGUCGCAUCAUUGAAUGCAAAAGGAUAUCACGGUGAAAUUGCGAUGAAGAUAUUGUUAAAUGUGAUAGAUUAUGUUGAAUUUUGUAGUUGGCCUGAAUUUGCAUUGGACAAAAGAGAGCUCGAAUUAGUUUUCAUGGCGGUUUAUAAUCCAAACCAGAGUAUCGGCGUACAAGCGGCCAAGUAUUUUUUUAUGACGCAACUUAAAAAUUGUAACAGUUUGCAAAUCCUUCAAGACCUAGUAACGUUCACCAGGGAAUCUUAUAUUAAUAACUUGGAUAUGCUAGUCGAUUCUUUUUCUUGGUAUUUUUUCCAUCACCACAACUGGGAAGAGUGGAACCAAUUGAUCAAAACGGACAGUUCGACUGUCGUUAGUGUCACUUCUCUUUUGUAUGCUGUAGCUAAAAGAUUAAUUUUAAACGAAGUACCAAAAAUUAGAACUAACCUGUGCAAUAAAUUCAAAGAAGAAGAUCGGAAAGAUAUUGCGGCAGUGUUUACGAACUAUUUCAAAAAAACUUGGAUCACAAUUUUAUCUUACCAUUCGAUUCAAAUAAAUCCACUGGCACUCAGUGAUAUUAUCAAGAUUUUGGAAUUUUUUGACAAAGAGCACAUUUCUUCAGAGAUAUUGCUUACGAUUUGGAUGAAGUUGAGCAGAAUUUGCCUCGAAUGCCCUCACUGCACGGUGAUUGAUGAGUCUUGCCGGAUGAUGGUGCAUUUGCAAACAAAGUUUAAUUGGAGCAGCAAAGAAAAAACUAUUGUAGAAAGGCAAAUGGAGAAACUGAGAGAAAAUAUCGUUAACGAUUUUAUGCAGUGUCUUAUGUUUCCUUCUUUACUUUAUAAAGAUUGCGAAGUACUUCGUGGUCAAUUGUGUUCUUAUGCUAAAUAUUUUUUACUCAAGGAUGAUCUAUAUCUUUGGGAAAGAGCUAUACAUUUUUUAAUAAACUCUUCAAGGAAUGUAUUUAAUAAUUUUUCAGGCCUAACGAAACUCUUAAUGGAUUUUUUGUUCAAUAUAGUGUUUCGCAAGCACCAGGAAAUUCUUGCAUUGCAUUCACAAGUUAAAGCCGUCAAUGGACAAAAAUCCUUGCAUAAAUCUGAUGACAUUUUGAAAGAGAUAAAAAGUCAAAUAUAUUGUUUAGAAGUUCUUCUUUUACCGAGGGUUUGUGAACUAGAGACCAUUUUCACUCCGUUAUUACACAUUGAACAACAGGAUAUUAGAAUACAAACUUUUCUCAAUUUAUUAAAACUGUAUGAACUGUAUGGACCGCACAUGGCUGAACAUGAAGAUUUACACAUACUAUUUAUUAAUUUCGACAACGAUUUUAUUAAACAAAUGAAACUAUUCAUGAUAGAUAUUAUGAAUUCUGCUUGUGAAGAAAAGAAAAUGUGUUGCUUCCUCCUUCAGAGAUUUAUGAGGCUUAUUGGAGAGGGUGUUUUUUGUAUUUCAAACAUCGGUGAUUUUCUUGUCAACUAUGGAAAUAAUUCAAGCCAUGAUGAAAUUGUAAUUAAAUCGUUGAAAUUCUACACAAAGAAGCACAAGACUCACUUUAAAAAACUGGCUUUCACUGUAUUUUAUGCCAUCACCGUCAUAUUUGAAAUGGACAUAUCUCAAGGUGUCCUGGUGCAGGAUGCUGUUAGCAGAGGGCAGACUGUUUUGAAGAGAGUUAUCGAGAGCAAUGUCGCGACAACGGCUGCGAUGCUGUUCAGCAUCUAUGUACACAUAAUCGACAAAAUUGUCGAGAAAAAAGACCCAAAUAUGCUCCAACUCUUAGAACCGUUCACACAUUUGUUAUCCAACAAAUCACAGGAUGACUUAGUAAAAAUCCUUGAAGAAAAAGUACCAUGGUUGACUAAAAAGGAAUUUAAACUACGGGCGUUCUAAACGUAAUUUAUCGACAUAAGAGAAGAAAAUAUACUUUCAAUUGCAGUAAAUUAAAAUAUACAUUUUUCUUGUGUUAUAAGCAGUUAA